CAACCACCACAGAACACCUGAGUGCUCGAAAUGUCCAUAGAGCACUCAUCACCCCGGCAGUCGCGAGGCAAGCCGCGCAAGUCGUAUCGCGUCGAGGACAAAUACUCGUUCCUUGAUGAAGACGAGGACGGCUCUGCGCCCUCUGGCACACAGACACCAGCACCUGGAAACGGCGAUGAUGACGACGGUGAUGACUUCAUGCCAGAUGCCCAAGAGGAAGAGGCUGAAUAUGAAGAAGAGGAUGAUGAUGUGGUAGUGGAACAAGAUGACUCGGCGGAAGAGCAGGUCAAUUCCGACGAAAGUCCUGCACCAACUCCAAAACGCAAUGCGCGUGCAUCAAACGUCGUCCCCGCUACCCCAGACGUCCCUCCCAAACGACGGUACAAUGAUUCCCGAUACAAGGACAUGGCAGACAACAUACCAUCACCCGUCAUAUUCGCCAAAGGUGGCGGCGUCAAAGUACGUGUCGUCGAUGCCGAUACCCAAUUACGGACGCGAGGUAUUCCCGAUUUCGACAAGAUUGGUGGUCAUGAGCCACGACUGAAAAACCUGUUUGGUCCAGAUAGACAUCAUCUUAGACCAGUGCUUGAAUCGAGGGACCAUUGGUUUCCACAAGAAACUUUUCCUAUCCGGAGUUAUAAGAAGAACAAACCUGAUGACGCUGAGGUGGGUAGCCUGAGGAGAAGCUUCUUCGAAACCGAAGGCGCGAGAGAGAAAGAAAAUGAAGUGUUAAGAACAUGGUAUGCCAGUACCGGAAAGUCUGCUUUUGCAAGAGCGCAGAUGACGAAUAUAUUGACUGCGGAUGAAGCAAGACAGUACAUGAUAACCCCAGGAUCGGAAAGUAUGAACGUAUUGGCUGGACCGGUAAACACUCCCCAAGUCAACACCUUGGCAAAAGGCUCAUACAUGAACAUCGCGAAACCCUUCCCGGGAGAUCAAGAGCGACGCGGCUGGCUUUUUAACCUUGGCUCCUGGGUGCAAGAUGCUCAAUGGGCGACGAACGAAGAUUCCAUUACCCAAUAUCUUGCUGUUGCCGUCGAGCAGAGACCUACCGGUGGCAACCAGCCAAAGCCACUGGAGCAGCCAAAAGCGCCUGCAUUCAACUCUACUGAGCCAUUCCCUGCGUCGGUUCAGAUAUGGUCGUUUGAAGCCGACGAUGUAGGCGACUUGGAUGCAUCGAAGGAGCCGCGACUGGAGCUGGUCAUCUGCACAGACUGGGGUGCACCAAAACAUCUUCGGUGGUGCCCGGUAGCUGCUACGGAUAUGACUGAAGAGACGAACGACGCAAGUAGCAGGCAUGUAGGUAUGCUUGCAGGUAUCUGGUCCGAUGGACGAGUGCGUGUCCUAGACAUAUCCGCACCUCCUCAGGCCGAUACACACACUCCUACGUAUCUUCAUGUUUCGCGCGCAGCCUUCGAAGUGUCGUUCCCGCAAACAGUACCUUCAUGCUUACACUGGCUAUCGGGACAUACACUCGCGGUGGCGACUGCAGCAGGCACUGUAGGCAUCUGGUCUUUGAACCGCCCAGGCACACUCAGGUCACCUGACGCCACACGUCAAAGCCCCAGACCCUGGUUCUAUCAGCAAUUAGCAGACACAUACAUCCUGACCAUAUCCUCAGGAUGGCCAUCCAACCCGCAAUUCUUGUCUAUCAGCACCGCAGAUGGUUUUGCGCGUCUCUUCGACCUGCGGAGCCCGAACGCCGACACUACUGCUUCGAUACGAGGCCGCACACUCUGUUUAACGCAAGCAUGGCACGAGCAUACACAAUCCUUCGUCAUGCCUGAUGAACACUACAUACUAAGACACACACCCAUCCGUCGCUACUACCACAACCUCUACAGCAUGCGAUUAGAAAACAGCAUCACACGCGUCGCGACAAGCCCUGUACACCCCGGCGUUCUCAUCGGCGGAGUCGAUGGAGACAUCCAAGCCAGCAACCCUAUCAUGCGUAUUACAAACUACAAAAUCAUGCCAUGGCAGCAAAAAUGGUUUGUCCACGAGUGGAGAGGACCCGUGGACCGGAUGCUAGUCAAGCCUGCUCAGGAUGGAGAUGUCACUAUGGCUGAAGGCGGGCCAGUUGAGCAGCCUGGCAACGACAGCGUACCCGAAUUGCAAGCUGGCGAGCCAGCUGAUGGAACCAAGAAGGUGCCACAAGAAGUACUCUCGCAACCUCUCGUCCGCAUCACCGAAGGCUACAAGGCUGGCCAAACAGGCAUUGCGCACAGUACAUCUGCGAAUGCGACGAAGAGGGGCAAUCCAGAGGUGGGAAGGUCAAUCAGUAUUUUUGAAGAGCUGACCGCUAUCACAGCGCUCGCUUGGAACCCGAACCUGAAAUUCGGCACGUGGGCUGUUGCGGGUAUGGCGUCGGGGUUGUUGCGCGUGGAAGACGUUGGUAUCUAGGAAGGAGAGGUAGAGCUGCUCUUGCGGUAUUAGCAGCUCAGAAAAUGAGACAGAGUGGCUAGGGGCUGUUUGGACCAAAUCACUGUGCGAAUUCGAGAGAACGACGCG